AUGGCACCACCUGGCUCCAUCAAUGUGAGUAGACCCAAAGGACAGGCUGUGGAUAACCUUUAUGAUCUGACCGGCGUUAGGUACUAUACAUUGUACUUUCUCGAAUCGUAUGCAUCCGCCCGGCGCGAACAAACGAACAUACUCCUCCAAGAAUACGAAGCCGGCCGCCUCACAGUCCCUAUUUCACUGGAGACUCGCCAGCGAAUGUACAGAGAGCUACAAAUUCGCAUUCUCCAAAACCCUCCUUUCACCAACACCAUGGCAUUGCUUGCCACACACCACUGUAUGCAUUUGCUGGUCACAUACAUACGUUACACAAUGGCGCCCGAGGCAGAGAUAGAUGAUUCCUGGAUCAGUUCUCUGCUUACCGUAUCUCCAUUCCUGCGCAUUAUCGAGUUCUUCUCCGCAGAAAUUGGAGACGGAGGCAACCAGCGUAUGCAGCGCAAGGACUUCAUGUACAACUUCCAUGCGGACAUGAUGACACAUGGACGCGAUCACAUGAACUCUACGAUCUUUGGUCGGGCUUCCAACCAGAGUAUACAUAGUUCGAUGCGCGACCUCUGGUUUGAUGCGGCAAAAACCGAAUUGGGGCUUAGACAGGCGCUUCCUCAUGAUCAAGAAACUGCCUGGUGCUGGAACGGGAUCCCGAUCUUGUUUGGAUGUGGUAAUUGUCGGCGUAUAGACGGGUGGCAAGCAUGA